AUGGUGGAUUACUAUGAAGUUCUAGGAGUACAGCGAUAUGCUUCACCUGAGGACAUUAAAAAAGCUUAUCAUAAAGUGGCACUUAAAUGGCACCCUGAUAAAAAUCCGGAAAAUAAAGAAGAAGCAGAGAGAAAAUUCAAAGAAGUAGCUGAGGCAUAUGAGGUAUUAUCAAAUGAUGAAAAACGGGACAUUUAUGAUAAAUAUGGCAAGGAAGGAUUAAAUGGUGGAGGUGGAAGUCAUUUCGAGGAUGAAUACGAGCAUAGCUUCAUAUUCCGUAAGCCAGACGAUGUCUUUAAAGAAAUUUUUAGGGAAAGGGACCCAUUUUCAUUUCACUUCUUUGAAGACUCACUUGAGGAUCUUUUAAAUAGUCCGAGAAGUUUCUAUGAGAGCAGAGGAAGUGCAGGAUCCUUUUUCUCUACCACCAGUGAACAUCCAACUUUGGAGAGAUUUUCUUUCUAUGAUACAGGAUAUACAUCAUAUAAUUCACUGGGGCAUGAGGGCCUUCCUUCAUUCUCUUCCCUGGCAUUUGAUGAUAGUGGGAUGUGCAACUAUAUAUCUUUUACAACUUCAGGCAAGAUUAAUGGCAGAAACAUUAAUAUGAAGAAAAUUAUUGAGGAUUAUCAAGGAAUAGAAGAUAUACAAGAUGAUGAGUUGAAAUCCUUCUUUGUAAAUGGAUUCAAAGAAGAUGGUAAGAGGAAAAAAAAGAAGCACAAAGAAGUGCAGAAAAAGAAGUCAACCAAAAGGAAUCUCUAA